AUGGUGAAUGCAUUGGCUGUCGAUCAGAUCCGUGCUUUGAUGGACCGCGUUACGAACGUUCGUAACAUGUCCGUCAUUGCCCACGUCGAUCACGGCAAGUCCACUCUUACUGACUCUCUCGUCCAGCGCGCUGGUAUCAUUUCCGCCGCCAAGGCUGGUGAGGCCCGUUUCACCGAUACUCGCAAGGACGAGCAGGAGCGUGGUAUUACUAUCAAGUCCACUGCUAUCUCUCUGUACUCUACUCUCCCUGAGGAUGACGUCAAGGAGAUCAAGCAGAAGACCGAGGGCAAUGAGUUCUUGAUCAACUUGAUCGACUCUCCCGGUCACGUUGACUUCUCUUCCGAAGUCACUGCCGCUUUGCGUGUCACUGACGGUGCUCUCGUUGUCGUCGACACCAUCGACGGUGUCUGUGUCCAGACCGAGACUGUCUUGCGUCAGGCCCUUACCGAGCGCAUCAAGCCCGUUGUCUGCAUCAACAAGGUCGACCGUGCUCUUCUCGAGCUGCAGACCACCAAGGAGGAUCUUUACCAGACUUUCGCUCGUACCGUCGAGUCUGUCAACGUCGUCAUUGCCACCUACAUUGACGAGGCCCUUGGUGAUGUCAUGGUCUACCCCGAGCGUGGUACCGUCGCCUUCGCCUCUGCUUUGCAGGGCUGGGCUUUCACCAUCCGUCAGUUCGCCAUCCGUUACGCCAAGCGCUUCGGUGUUGACCGUGAUAAGAUGAUGACCCGUCUCUGGGGUGACAGCUUCUUCAACCCCAAGACCAAGAAGUGGACCAAGUCUGAGAAGGAUGCCGAUGGCCAGCCCCUGGAGCGUGCUUUCAACAUGUUCAUUUUGGACCCCAUUUUCCGCAUCUUCUCUGCUGUUAUGAACUCUCGUAAGGAGGAGAUCAACACCCUUCUUGAGAAGCUUGAGAUCUCCCUCAAGGCUGACGAGCGUGAUCUCGAGGGUAAGGCCCUCCUCAAGACCGUUAUGCGUAAGUUCUUGCCUGCCGCUGACGCUCUUCUCGAGAUGAUUGUUAUCCACCUGCCUUCUCCCGUCACCGCUCAGUUCUACCGUGCCGACACCCUUUACGAGGGCCCUCACGACGAUGCCGCCUUCAACGGUAUCAAGAACUGCGACCCCAAGGCUGAGCUCAUGCUUUACGUCUCCAAGAUGGUUCCCACCUCUGAUAAGGGCCGCUUCUACGCUUUCGGCCGUGUCUUCUCCGGUACCGUCCGCUCCGGUCAGAAGGUCCGUAUCCAGGGCCCUAACUACGUUCCUGGCAAGAAGGAGGAUCUCUUCGUCAAGAACAUUCAGCGCACUGUUCUUAUGAUGGGACGUACCGUCGAGUCCAUCGAUGACUGCCCUGCCGGUAACAUUGUCGGUCUUGUUGGCGUCGACCAGUUCUUGCUCAAGAGCGGUACUCUUACCACCAUGGAGGAUGCCCACAACAUGAAGGUCAUGAAGUUCUCUGUCUCUCCCGUCGUCCAGGUCGCCGUUGAGGUCAAGAACGCCAACGAUCUCCCCAAGCUUGUCGAGGGUCUUAAGCGUCUCUCCAAGUCUGAUCCUCUCGUCCAGACCUACAUGUCCGAGUCCGGUGAGCACAUUGUUGCCUGCACUGGUGAGCUGCACUUGGAGAUUUGCUUGAAGGAUCUCGAGGAGGACCACGCCGGUAUUCCUCUCCGUGUCUCUCCUCCCGUUGUCUCUUACCGCGAGACCGUCGAGGCCGAGUCCUCCAUGACUGCUCUUUCCAAGUCUCCUAACAAGCACAACCGUAUCUACCUCAAGGCUGAGCCUAUCGAUGAGGAGCUCUCUCUCGCCAUUGAGAAGGGUGUCGUCAACGCUCGUGACGAUUUCAAGGCCCGUGCCCGUCUCAUGGCUGACGAGUUCGGCUGGGAUGUCUCUGAUGCCCGUAAGAUUUGGUGUUUCGGUCCUGAUGGAACCGGCCCCAACUUGGUUGUUGACCAGACCAAGGCCGUCCAGUACCUUAACGAGAUCAAGGACUCCGUUGUCUCUGCCUUCCAGUGGGCCACCCGUGAGGGUCCCAUCUUCGGUGAGCACAUGCGUUCCGUCCGUGUCAACCUUAUGGAUGUUACCCUGCACCCUGAUGCCAUCCACCGUGGUGGUGGUCAGUUGAUCCCCACCAUGCGCCGUGCUACCUACGCCGCCGUGUUGCUUGCUGAGCCUCGCAUUCAGGAGCCCAUUUUCAUGGUCGAGAUUCAGUGCCGUGAGUCCGGUAUUGGUGGUAUUUACUCCGUUCUGAACAAGAAGCGUGGUCAGGUCAUCUCUGAGGUCCAGCGCCCCGGUACUCCCAUGUUCAACAUCAAGGCCUACUUGCCCGUCAACGAGUCCUUCGGUUUCACUGGUGAUUUGCGUCAGGCCACCGGUGGUCAGGCCUUCCCCCAGAUGGUCUUCGACCACUGGCAGACUAUGGGUGGUGACCCCUUGGAUCCUGCUUCCAAGCCUGGUGCCAUCGUCGUUGAGGCCCGUAAGCGUCGUGGUAUGAAGGAGAACGUUCCCGGCUACGAGGAGUACUACGACCGUCUCUAA